AUGCACUUUGCCGAGGGGUCCCGCGUGCUGUUCGUCGAAGGAGACUUCUCCUUCACUAGGGCACUGCUGCAGAAGGGCCAGUGUGCUGCGGUUCAUCUCACAGCCACUUCAUUUCAGCACCAGCCGAGUGAGAGGGCGAGGCGCAACUUGGAAGUGUUAACGGAGCAAGGUGUUGAGGUGGUGUUGGGAGUGGAUGCCACCCGCCUGCACCUCCACCCCUCCAUCCAACACCUCCGCUUCACCCACAUUGUGUUUAAUUUUCCACAUGUUGGCGGAAAGAUGAGGAUUGACUUGAACAGGAAACUUCUCCGUGAAUUCUUCCAAAGUGCGGUGGAGGUGCUGGAGUGUGGAGGGUGUGUGGUGGUGACGCUGUGUGGGGGUCAGGCCGGUGUGACCCCUGACCCAGUGGUGCGGCGCUGGGAUGACUCAUGGAAGGCAGUGCUCAUGGCCUCCUAUGCUGACCUUGUUUUGCAGUCUAUAGAGAGGUUUUGUCCGGACAGCUUCCCAGGGUACUCAGCGACAGGCUACAGGUCGCUGGAAAAGACCUUCUGCCAGGAUGGAGCUCUGAUGUUCACCUUUCAAGUCUGUAAACUGUCAGCCGAGCCACUCGUCGCUGAGGCCACAGAAAACGUGUUACUCUGUGAUGGCUGUUCCUUCAACCUCCCUACUUUCCUCCACUCUCAGCUCCAGAUGGAUGUGUUAUCUGAUACAUCCUCAUUUGUUGGGUAUUUGUACAGCUGGGUUGUGGGUUUACUCAGUGCCUGUCUCACCGUUCACUGCAGAGAGAGACUGGUGUUGAGAAGAGAGAGACAGUGCACAAGUCUUGGCAAGUGUGAGAUUGUUGGUGUGUGUAAAGACCAGAGGGAAGGCACUGUGUUUUGUCACCCGGCAUACAGAAUCACCUCUGAGAAGGGUUCACAGCUGGAGCCUCUUCUAAUCCUGUUUUGUUCAGGAGGCACACAAAGGCUGGAAAGUGUCUUGUCACAAACCAGAAGCCUUAAUGUUAGAAACGUCAGCCAUUCCUUCAAUGCAGUAGCUAGACAGUUUGCCUUGAGAGACUUUACAGAGCAGAUGAGCUUCAGUGACAACCAAGGCUGUGGUGUUGUGUGCUGUGUGGUAAGUGUGGCAGCCCUGGCCAAGCACUGCGGUGGUGUGGAGGAGGGUGAGGUGUGGGCGCCAGGACAGUCUGUCAGCCUUUGUGGUGACAUCCUCACAUACUCCCAGUGGAGCCUCUGUCCACUGGAGUACACAUAUGACCUCAGCUUUUGGGAGUCCACAGUAUCGGGUGGUGAAAAUGCUGCUCUUGUUGCUGACACUCCCACAACAAUUGAUGCGGUAAUCACCAAUGUGGGGAGAGGUGUGGUGAAGAGUUACAGGCUGUUGGGUUCAUACAGCCACCCAGUGCAGGGUCGCAGGAGUCACACCUAUCGCAUUGAGUAUAAGAGCUGGCACGGUGCACUGUCUGACCACACUGCCAAACAGAUACACUCCCAGAUCGCACGGCAGCUUGAGAGGUGUCUUGGGGUGGAGGUGAGGUAUUUUCAAGUAAGCAUGUCUGUGGUGGUUGGCCUGCCCCUGUGCUGUGGGCGGCUUACCAGGGCUGUGUGGAGAGGCCAAGUCUCUCUCCGUCACUGUUCCUGGGAGACCAACACAGCAAGGGACAGCAUCUCCCCCACAGACACCCUAUACCAGGCCACAGGGAGCCCCAGUGGUCUGUCCAGGGAGGAGUGGCUGGAGAGGAGUAAAGAGUUCUUGAAGAGAUUGAGGGAGUGUCCGCCGAGUGAACUGCCAGACAAGUACAUAGCCCUGCGGAGGAGCAAGAACAGGGCACAAGCUCCGAAGUCGACACACUUCCUGGACUACCAGCGGGUGAGGGUGGUGGGCGGUGAUGGUGGUGACGGCUGCAUCUCCUUCCUCAGCACAUUUGGGAAGGAGUUUGCCGGGCCGGAUGGAGCGGAUGGCGGGAAUGGAGGGCAUGUUGUGUUCAAGGCUGUGAAGGGGCUGAGGGACCUGGGCCACAUUGGUUCCUACAUUCAGGGGGUGAAGGGGGAAGCUGGAGGCAACAAGGACUGUCAUGGGGCUAACGCUGAGGACUCUAUGAUUCAGGUUCCAGUGGGCACCAUCUUCAAGCAGGAGGGAAGUGUGGUGGCAAACUUGGAGGAGGAAGGUGCUAUGUUUGUAGCGGCCCGAGGAGGUGCUGGCGGGAAGGGCAACAGUUUCUUCACCACUCCUGUGGACCAGGCGCCACGGGUUGCUGAGUUUGGUGGCAAGGGAGAGACUUUUUCCUAUGAAGUGGAGCUGAGGACAAUGGCUGAUGUUGGAUUGAUUGGCUUCCCUAACGCUGGUAAGUCUACUCUUCUCCGAGCUAUCUCCCGUGCCCGGCCCAAGGUUGCCUCCUACCCCUUCACCACCCUCAACCCUCACGUGGGCAUGAUCAACUACGCCGACCACCACCAGAUGGCAGUUGCAGACAUCCCCGGCCUGAUAGAGGGGGCCCACCGCAACCAUGGCCUGGGGUUUGCCUUCCUGAGACACAUAGAGAGGUGCAACUGUCUCCUCUAUGUGAUUGACACCUCCCAGCCUAGACCUUGGGAGCAGCUGGAGGUCCUCAUGUAUGAGCUGGAGCAGUACCAGAAGGGACUGUCGCUGCGGCCUCAUGCUGUGGUGGCCAACAAAAUGGACCUUUCUGACGCACAGGACAAUCUGGCAAAGGUGAGAGCCAACAUUGACCUUCCCCUGGUGCCAGUCAGUGCCAAGAUGGGGGAGCAGCUGGUGCCUCUGAUGGCCCUCCUCAGAUUCCUGGUAGACCACAGUAAUGCCAGGCACAGUGAGGUGAGCGAGGCCACUCUGCCGCCCUGAGUGGCUGGCCUGGAGGGUGUGGUGGCGGUGGCUCAUCAGGACAGCUUCCGCACCACACAGGGCUUGUUUGACAGGUUUGUUGUGUGAAGUGUUGCUUCUCAAGAGUGAAUACAAGUGAGUCACAUUUACGGUUAUGUUUCACUGCUAAAAAGACUUACAGUAGCAGAUCAGAAAGAAAUGUACAGUUUUUUUUAUAAAACUUCAUGUAAUAAUAAUGUUCAUAAACAAA